UGAGUUCUCAUUUCACGCCCAAAACUUCCCCUAAAUCUUCGGUUUCAAUUUAACCCAAUUAUAUAUUUUUAUUGCUAUUUUGACUUUAGUAUCUGAGACUUGUAGUCCGCAGAUGAUUCUUUGUUUUCUUCACCUUUAAUUUAGAAAAUUGGGCAUUUACCAAUCUCUGUUGUUUCUCAUCAGUCUUCGUAAUACAGAAAAAGGGCAAAAAAAGAGAAAGGAAUUGGGAAGAAAAGAGUUGGGUUUUCUUUAUUUAUUUUUUCUUGUAAAAUUUGUAUUUUAAUGUAAUCUAUUGAUCAAAAUUUUAAUUCUUGAAGACAUUUUUGUGUCUUUCCGUGAUAUGGGUUUUCAAUUUUCCAAGAAAAAUUGAAAGUCCAUUAACGGAUUCAUGGGGUUGGAGUGAUCACAAGACAAUAAAAGAGCUGAUUAUGGGGAGUUUUCUUGGUGGGUUUGUCUUGCCUUCGCUGCUUUUGGCAGCUGCUUUGCUGAAUUGGAGUUUGAUAUCUUUUGUUGAUUUGGUAGCUUUUCUCCUUAUUCGAUUCACUGCUCCAAAAAGAGGAUUUCGUUUUCGAGGGAGAUUUCUGUUAUUGUGGUCUAUUUUCAUAUUUUCGCUACUUUUUAUUCUUGCACAAGUAAUAUUUCUUAUUUUAUGGGCUAUUGAGGAUGGUAAUUGGAGUAUGGGAGAUGCAUGGUGGGCAAAGCUAAUUGGAUUGAUGAAGUUUGACUCUUGGAGAUCUCCCUUAGUAAUCUAUUUCUUGCUCGUACAACUAUUAGUGGCUUUUGUUGCUUCUGUUGAAAUCCGUGGGGACAAUUAUGGUCUGAUUCCACCUCAAGAUUCAUGUUGGGGAUAUCUCUCAUCCGUCAUUGAUCAGAUUGGUUCUCAUCUUAGGGUUGCUUUCUGCUUGCUGUUACCCGCAAUUCAACUUCUUUUGGGAAUUAGCAACCCCUCUUGGGUUUCUCUGCCAUUUUUCAUUUGUAGCUGUAUUGGUCUUGUGGAUUGGUCCUUGACAAGCAAUUUUCUUGGCCUUUUCAGGUGGUGGAGGUCUCUUUGGCUAUAUGCAGGCUUCAACAUUUGCCUACUUUAUGUGUAUCAGCUCCCUAUAAGUCUCCCAGAAAUAUUACGUUGGAUUACUGAAUUUAUUGGUCUCUACAAAAUAUCUGCUAAAUCUGAGUGGCCGGAAAUUUGUUGUGGUCUUUCUCUUGUUGUGUUCUACUUCAUGCUAUCUUGCAUUAAACGUGAUUUGGAGGAAAUGGAAUUUAUUAUGUCCAUGAGAGAAAGCAACUUGACUGAGCAGCUUCUUCCCUCGAAGCAUUCUUUUUUUAUUCGAGAGUCAAGGUCUGGUGUAAGAGAUACCAAUGUUUUACUAAGGGGAUCAGUUUUUCGGACCUUUAGCAUCAAUUUUUUCACGUAUGGUUUCCCGGUCUCUUUGUUUGCUCUUUCCUUCUGGAGUUUCCAUUUUGCAAGCAUCUGUGCAUUUGGAUUACUUGCGUAUGUUGGAUACAUUGUAUAUGCCUUCCCAUCCUUGUUUCGGUUGCACCGGUUAAAUGGGAUGCUUCUUGUCUUCAUUCUAUUGUGGGCUGCUAGCACAUACAUCUUCAAUGUGGCAUUUGCAUUCCUGAAUUGGAGAAUUGGGAAGGAUAUGGAGAUAUGGGAGUUGGUUGGUCUAUGGCAUUAUCCCAUCCCUGGAUUUUUCUUACUUGCACAAUUUUGUCUAGGAAUUCUGGUAGCUCUUGGUAAUCUUGUGAGCAACUCUGUUUUUCUCUACCUGUCUGAUGAGGAUGGGCGAUUUCCAAACGACAACUGUACUGUUGAAGUAAAGGAAGAGACCAAGGUAUUGAUUGUGGCUACAAUUGCUUGGGGACUGCGCAAAUGCUGUCGAGCUAUUGAGUUGGUGUUGAUAUUUCUCAUUGCUAUGAAACCUGGUUUCGUUCAUGCUGUAUAUAUUAUAUUCUUUUUGACAUAUCUUUUGAGCCACAACAUCAGCAAAAAGAUACGGCAAUCCCUGAUUCUUCUUUGCGAAGCUCAUUUUGCCAUAUUGUACAUUAUUCAGAUUGAUCUUGUCUCCAAUUAUUUGGAGCAAACAGGGUCGUUGAGCCUGGAAAUUAUAUCUCAGUUAGGACUCCUUGAAAGUGACAGUUCCUGGGAUUUCUUGGAAAUAGCUUUGCUUGUAUGCUUAUGUGCAGUUCAUAACCAUGGUUUUGAAAUGUUAUUUUCAUUCUCGGCAAUAGUGCAGCAUGCCCCUUGCCUUCCAUUUGGAUUUAGCAUCUUGAAAGCUGGUUUGAAUAAAUCAGUUCUAUUGUCAGUUUAUGCCUCAUCAACCAUCAGAGACAGUCAUACCGAUGGUUCUUAUGAGAGAAAGAUAGCUUCAUACCUCAGUGCUAUAGGGCAGAAAUUUUUAUCUGUAUAUCGGUCGUUUGGGACCUACAUUGCUUUUUUGACUAUCCUUAUUGCGGUAUACCUUGUGAGCCCCAAUUAUGUGUCAUUUGGGUACAUUUUCCUUCUCCUAAUCUGGAUCAUUGGAAGACAACUUGUUGAGAAAACAAAACGACGCCUAUGGUUUCCACUGAAAGCAUAUGCAAUUGUGGUGUUUAUCUUCAUCUAUUGUUUGAGUAUAUUUCCCAACUUUGAGAUGUGGCUGUCCAAGAAGAUAGAUCUUUUAGACUUGGGAUAUGAUACUGAAGCUUCACUGUGGGAAAAUGUUUGGGAAUCUCUAGCAAUCAUGAUAGUGAUGCAACUUUAUAGUUAUGAGAGGAGGCAAAGCAGUAAUAUUAGAUCAGAUUACCCUGAUCCAAUGCAAUAUGGAGUACUUGGGUUUAUCAGGCGGCUUCUGAUUUGGCACAGUCAAAAGAUUUUGUUUGCUGCAUUAUUCUAUGCAUCUUUAUCUCCAAUAAGUGCAUUCGGGUUUUUGUAUGUUCUUGGCCUUGUUGUCUUUUCAAAUUGUCCUAAAGUUUCUCAGGUUCCAUCCAAAUCAUUCUUGAUUUACACAGGAUUUCUAGUGAUAGCUGAAUAUCUGUUUCAGAUGUGGGGUAAACAAGCUAAGAUGUUUCCGGGCCAGAACCACUACAACUUUUCCCUUAUUCUGGGUUUCCAGGUAUUUAAGCCUGGAUUUUGGGGUCUAGAAGAAGGCUUGAGAGGAAAAGUUUUGGUGAUCGCUGCAUGUACCCUUCAAUACAAUGUCUUCCAUUGGUUGGAGCAGGUGCCAAGUACUUUUCGAAAUGCAGGAAGAUGGGAGGAACCAUGCCCGUUGUUCAUCUCAGAAGAAGAUACCUUGCCAGUAACUUCUGUUUCUAAUGGUGAAAUUAAAGCUUCACCAGAAUCUAGUACACUAUCUGCAAAAAGAAUUGGGGUGACUAGCAAUUCAUGGCCAUCUUUCAAUUUUGAUGUGUCUCAAUCAUCUCACAAUGUGUCAUCUAAUACCGGAGACUCCCAGGAUAGUAGCACUAGAAAAUAUGCAUUUGGUUAUGUGUGGGGAAUCUCUAAGGAGAGCCACAAGUGGAACACGAAGCAGAUUCAUGAGAUGAGGAAGGAGAGAUUUGAAACACAGAUGACUACAUUAAAAAUAUAUUUGAAGUUUUGGAUGGAAAAUACAUUCAACCUCUUUGGCCUUGAGAUAAACAUGAUUGGAUUGCUUCUUGCCAGUUUUGCUGUGUUGAAUGUUGUCUCUGUAUUGUAUAUUGCAUCCCUCGCUGCUUGCAUUCUUUUGGAUCGGCUUAUUAUACGAAAAUUCUGGCCAAUAUUUGUCUUCUUGUUUGCUUCUGUGCUCAUACUGGAAUACUCUGCUCUAUGGAAGACUGUUGUGCAAUUGAAUCAACAUGACCCAAGUGGGACUAAUGUGCACUGCCAUGAUUGUUGGCGAAUUUCAAAUUUAUAUUUCAGUUACUGCAGAAACUGUUGGCUGGGAUUUACUGUUGAUGAUCCCCGAAUGCUUAUUAGCUAUUUUGCAGUCUUCAUGCUUGCGUGUUUCAAACUUCGUGCCAAUCACAUUUCUGGAUUCUUGCUUUCAUUUACAUAUCGCCAAGUGUUGUCUCAACGGAAGAAUGCAUUUGUUUGGAGGGAUCUCUCUAUUGAGACAAAAAGCAUGUGGACUUUUCUUGAUUACUUGAGGCUUUACUGCUAUUGUCAUCUAUUAGAUCUUGUGCUUGCUCUGAUUCUGAUUACGGGAACCCUCGAGUACGACAUAUUGCACCUUGGUUAUCUUGGCUUCGCUCUAGUUUUCUUCCGAAUAAGACUCCAGAUACUAAAGAAGAAGAACAAAAUCUUCAAGUUCCUGCGCAUGUAUAACUUUGCUGUUAUUGUUCUAUCACUGGCUUAUCAAUCUCCCUUCGUGGGGGAUUUCAAUGGUGGGAAAUGUGACACAAUAGAUUACAUUUAUGAGGUGAUUGGAUUUUAUAAAUAUGACUAUGGGUUUCGGAUUACUUCAAGAUCAGCUCUUGUUGAGAUCAUUAUUUUUACGCUCAUAUCACUGCAGUCAUAUAUGUUCUCUUCCCGGGAGUUUGAUUAUGUGUUUCGAUACCUGGAGGCUGAGCAAAUAGGUGCCAUUGUACGUGAACAAGAGAAGAAAACUGCAUGGAAGAAGGCACAGUUACAGCAUAUUCGUGAAUCUGAGGAAAAGAAACAGCAGCGUAACUUGCAAGUGGAGAAGAUGAAAUCUGAGAUGCUCAACCUUCAAAUCCAGCUUCAUAGUAUGAACCCUACCGCUACUUGUGGUGGAGACACUUCUCCCAAUAGUGAAGGGUUAAGGAGGAGGCAGAGUACUUCUCUUUAUUUGAAUAGAGAUUCUGGAGAGCGUGAAAAAAAUGAAGAUGUCACAAAAGAGGAGCUGAAUAUAGAUGCGGACAUGGUAUUUCCAUUAGAACAGCAUGAAUCUCCUAAUGGUGUAAAACUGGAGAGUCCAUCAGCAGUGGAGUCUACAAAACAUUUAAUGGAAGUACCUCGUUGUGAGAUCGUUGAGCUUGAAGAGGAUGAUGUUGAUUGUGCGUUAAUUGAUUCAGACAAGGAAAAUAACGCUAAAGGCCAGGGAAAAGAAAACCCCUUAAUUUCAGCGGUACAGCUCCUAGGUGACAGUGUUUCCCAAGUACAGUCUUUCGGAAAUCAGGCUGUUACAAAUCUUGUGAGCUUUUUGAACAUUGCAAAUGAAGAUUCAGAUACAAAUGAGCACUCUUCCGGAGUGGAGGGAUUACAUAAUGAAAAAGAGACUCCAGAUAUGAGGCAGGAGUCUUUGGAUUGUUCAUCUUCUCUGCAGUCCGACAAGAGUAGAACCAUGUCUGAUGGUGCAAGUCUGCAGAUCGGGAGGAUCUUCCAUCAUAUAUGGUCUCAGAUGCGGUCCAAUAAUGACAUUGUGUGUUAUUGUUGCUUUGUGCUUGUCUUCCUAUGGAAUUUCAGUUUGCUUUCAAUGGUAUAUCUUGCAGCUUUGUUCUUGUAUGCUUUAUGCGUAAAUACUGGUCCGAGUUACAUCUUCUGGGUUAUUAUGUUAAUCUACACAGAGAUGAAUAUCUUGCUUCAGUAUCUGUAUCAAAUCAUCAUCCAACACUGUGGGUCGGAAAUCAAAUCAGUCCUUCUUUAUGAGUUGGGUUUUCCAAUGAAUAAAAUCACUUCGUCAUUUGUUAUCAACACAUGGCCUCUGUUUCUAGUGUAUUUGUUUACACUCCUACAAAGCUCAAUAACUGCAAAAGACGGUGAAUGGAUUUCCUCAACAGAAUAUGAUAUUUCUAAGAGGAGAGUUUUCUUUCAGAAAGAGGUUCUUUUGAGUUCUACGUGGAAUGAGAGGGCACGUAAGCUGCUCGAACCAAUAACAAAUGUGGUGAAAAUGAUAUUCAGAAGCUUCUCUAUCUACUGGAAAUCACUAACACAGGGAGCGGAAGCUCCUCCUUACUUUGUCCAGUUGUCUUUGGAUGUCCGUGUGUGGCCUGAGGAUGGGAUUCAACCAGAUAGGAUUGAAUCUGGAAUAAAUCAGUUGCUUAAAAUUGUGCACGAUGAGAGGUGCAAGGAAAAAGACCCUAAUAUUUGCCAUUCUGCUAGUAGGGUCCACGUUCAAAGCAUUGAAAGAAGUUCAGAAAACUCAAAUGUGGCCUUGGCUGUUUUUGAGGUGGUAUAUGCAUCACCAUUAUCAGAAUGUACACUGACAGAAUCGUAUCAGUCACUAACUCCAGCAGCUGAUGUAGCAAAGGAGAUUCUUCAUGCACAACAUGAAGGUAUUAUUGAAGAAGUGGGAUUCCCAUACACUAUACUCUCUGUAGUUGGAGGAGGUAAAAGAGAACUUGAUCUAUAUGCCUACAUAUUUGGCGCAGAUUUGGCUGUUUUGUUUUUAGUUGCCAUUUUCUACCAAUCAGUCAUAGAAAACAAAAGUGAAUUUCUUGAGGUGUAUCAGCUUGAAGAUCAAUUCCCCAAGGAGUUUGUAUUUAUUUUAAUGGUUAUCUUCUUCUUGAUUGUGCUCGAUCGCUUUAUCUAUCUCUGCUCGUUUGCCACUGCAAAAGUGAUCUUCUAUAUUUUCAACCUCAUCCUCUUUACAUAUUCUGUUACAGUGUAUGCUUGGAAUAUGGAACCUUCAAAUCGACAAGCCAGAGGAUUUGCAAUUCGUGCUAUAUAUUUAACAAAAGAAGUUUCUCUAGCGCUGCAAGCCAUACAGAUCAGAUAUGGGGUUCCACAUAAAAGCACUCUGUAUCGGCAAUUUCUGACGAGCAAAGUUGCACGAGUUAAUUAUAUAGGUUAUCGGAUCUAUCGUGCUUUGCCAUUCCUUUAUGAACUGCGAUGUGUACUUGAUUGGUCUUGCACAACAACAUCUUUGACAAUGUAUGACUGGCUGAAGUUGGAAGACAUAAACGCAAGCUUGUACCUUGUGAAAUGUGAUGCACUUUUGAAUAGAGCCACACACAAACCAGGAGAGAAGCAGACAAAAAUGACUAAAUUCUUCAAUGGAUUAUGUUUGUUCUUCAUAUUAAUCUGCAUCAUCUGGGCUCCUAUGCUGAUGUACAGCAGUGGUAACCCGACAAACAUAGCAAACCCCAUCAAGGAUGCCAGUGUUCAGCUUGAUAUUAAGACAGAAGGUGGAAGGUUGACCUUGUUCCAGACAACUUUGUGCGAAAUAAUCCCGUGGGAUAAGCUCAACAAAGUUGAUCUGGAUCGUCCAGGUUUUCUGGAUACAUACGACAGCAAUGAUAUCCAACUAAUAUGCUGCCAACCCGAUGCUAGUACUUUGUGGCUUGUCCCUGAUGUGGUCCUUAACAGAUUUAUCCAGUCUAUUGACAUUGACACUGACACAAGCAUGGAUAUCACUUUUACUUGGGUGCUUGCAAGAGACCGACCAAAAGGCAAGGAACUGGUGAAAUAUGAAAAUUCUGUUGGUCCUUCAUAUCUUCCAGACCCGUCAGAUGUUGUGGAAGUUCUCAAUGGUUCUACCAACAGCUUUAGGAUAAACAACACUUACCCAAGAUACAUUCGGGUAACUGGUUCUGGUGAUGGCAGACCUUUUGAAGAGGGAAAUAUGGUUUGUGCGGAACUUGUUAUACAUCGUGGAAGUCCUGAGUGGUGGUCCUUCCAUGAUAUCGAUUCACAAAAUGUACGUGGAUGUGGAGGCUUGGCAGGACCAACGGCCAUUAUUGUAUCUGAGGAAACGCCACAGGGUUUUAUUGGAGAGACUCUAAGCAAAUUCAGCAUCUGGGGGCUCUACAUUACCUUUGUGCUUGCAGUAGGUCGGUUUAUCAGACUUCAGUGCUCCGACCUAAGAAUGAGAAUCCCUUUCGAGAACCUUCCUACUUGUGACAGGUUGAUUGCCAUAUGCGAGGACAUAUAUGCUGCAAGAGCGGAGGGUGAGCUUGGAGUCGAGGAGGUCCUCUACUGGACGCUCAUAAAAAUUUACAGGUCACCGCACAUGUUGCUCGAGUAUACAAAAAUCGAGUAGAUUCAAGCAUAUCCAGUUAUUGUGAAUAGAAUACUGGUAGGUGAUAUACCGAUUCUUUGUAGACUUUGAUACAUAAUGUUUUGGUUUUGGAUCUUCAUGUACAAAUAUUAAUGGUAUUUCAAUGUAAGCAGUUUUGCUUCUCUUAC